AUGGUCCCCGCGCUGCGGCAGGGGUGGCCACUGGCCGGCAUGACCGGCCUGCUGUCCGCCCUUCACGGCAAGCCGCUGGACAUGCUGUACGCGAUGCUGGUCCACCGCCUGAGCCCCAACGGGAUAUUCUUCGCAAAGGGCUGGGGGGACCUGGACAAGGUGGACUGGCUGCAGGGCGCCGAGGGGCUGGACUGGCCUCCGCCGGAGCUGAAGGCAUCUUGGACAGUGAUCAGGAAGGGCACAUCACAUGGAGUGAAAUUCAGCAUUCUGGAAGGCAAAUUCAGGAGUCCAGUCUCUGCUGUCACCUGGGAUGCCCUUCCAAGGGAGAGCCAAGCUGGACGGGUGCAGCUCCUUGUACCUGAGGCACCCACAGACUCGCUGGCCUGUGUCCUGCAUUUGCCUGGAACAGGCGACCAAGGUUUCAGCCGCCGCCUGAGCCUUGGCUUCCCCCUGUUGCGGCAUGUGAGCAUGCACAAACCCUCUACCCCACCUGCAAUACCAGCGCGCAACAUUGAUGCAGGAUGUUGCACUGUGCCCAAUGGACCACAACCAAUCCAUCAAUCAAUCAGUCAGUCGAUUGAAGUGGUGACUGCGUCACAUGGCAAUGCCAAAUUUCACAGUGCGGCACUGGCAACAAAACAGUGGUGCACGCCUCAGCCCGAUACAGUGGGGAUGUGCUGCAGAAUUCUAUCAGAUACUUGCCGAUUUUGA